GUGAGCAGUGUGUGAGGGAAUGUCAUUACCUAGCUGGCUAACUUUAACAACGGUCAAUAAAGUAUCGAUUUGAUUGAAGACCAAUGGAAAUGCAACUAACAUGUCGACCAUAACUUUUCUGCUGUCACCACUUGAAUGCUUGCGGUCCCGGUUCCAUACCACCAGCACUGCAGCAGUGUGUUUCUAUUGCGAGCCCCACUGAAAUGGAAAUAAACAGGAAAUAGACCAGGUCUGUCCGUCAGCCUCCCUCCGUCACAGCUACGAUCAUGGAGGCCCAGGCAGGGGAGGAGCCAAGCACAAGUGGUUCGGCUCCUGCGUCGUCUGACUCCGCCCCCAGCCCACAGAGCGAGGCAGUGACCAAUGAGCUGCAAGAGCUGUCGCUGCAGCCCGCCCCCAACCUGCUGCCCCUGAGAGACAGGAAAAACAUGCUCCAGCUCAAACUCCAGCAGAGACGGACCCGUGAGGAACUGGUCAGCCAGGGGAUCAUGCCACCGCUGAAAAGUCCAGCUGCCUUCCACGAACAGAGACGAAGUUUAGAGCGAGCGCGGACUGAAGACUACCUAAAGAGGAAGAUCCGAAGUCGGCCGGAGAGGUCGGAGCUGGUCAGGAUGCACAUUCUGGAGGAGACGUCGGCGGAACCCUCCCUCCAGGCCAAACAGCUGCAGCUGAAGAGGGCCCGUUUGGCUGACGACCUCAACGACAAGAUCUCCCACCGGCCCGGCCCCAUGGAGCUCAUCCACAAGAACAUUCUGCCGGUGCACAGCAGCCUCAAACAGGCCAUCAUAGAGACAGACUUCCCCAAGGUCGCUGGGGAGAUCUCCUCCUUUGAUGAGGACAGUAGUGAUACUCUCUCUCCUGAUCAGCCCAUUGGUCAGGACUCUCCCCUGGGCCCCGGCCCUAUGCCCUCUCCCCCCGACGCCCUGGCUUGCAACAGCACCCCCUCCCCCACACAGUUUCUCACUCAGGUUCCUCCGCCACCCCCUCCUCUUCCUCCCUUCUAUGGGUCCUGCCAACCGCUGAAGUUGAGCAAUGGGACAUCAGUUCUGAGAACCGCCCCUGCACUGAUCAAGUCCCAGCCUAAACCCACCUCAGAGCGCCCCCCUCAGCGAUCCAAGAAGGCCAAGGACAACAAGCCCAAGGUGAGGAAGCUGAAGUACCACCAGUACAUCCCCCCGGACCAGAAGGCUGACCACGAGCCUCCCCCUCAGCUGGACUCCACCUACGCCAAGAUCCUCCACCAGCAGCAGCUCUUCCUCCAGCUGCAGAUCCUCAACCAACAACAGCAACACUACAACUACCACACCAUCCUUCCUGCACCACCCAAACCCCCAACAGAUCAACCACCUCCCACCAAUGGCCCCUCUCCUUCUCUGGCCGUGCCCACCCCCUCGACAUCCUCCUCCAGUCAAAGUGCAACAAUCCGGCAGAAUGUCACACAUGUGGGAGGGGCCACACCAGGUUCUUUGCCUCCUAACCUGGACGACCUGAAGGUGGCUGAACUGAAGCAUGAGCUCAAACUGCGGAGCUUGCCUGUAUCAGGCACCAAGAAUGACCUCAUCGAGCGGUUGAGGAACUACCAGGCUCAGCAGAACAGGGGUGGAGGUGGUGGUAGUGCAACAACUACAACAGCAGGGGGUGCCACAGGGUCAGGUGCCGGAGCUCCUAAAACCAACCACCCAACAAAACAACAACAAAAACAACUACUACUACUACAACAGCAGCAACAGCAACUUUCCCAACACCAGACCCAGUCCUCUGUGGUCCACCAUUCAAGAGAUGCAGGUGUGGUAACCUUGGCAACCUUCCCGUUCGUGGCCACUGCUCCACAGCAGAUCAUGCACUUUGGCAGCACUAGCUCCUCCCCACCUGUCUCUCCUGCCCCCUCAGACCGCUCGCUAGCUGGGAUGAGCCCAGACGAGACGAGCUGUAAUGGAGACGCAUUUGGGGAGAUGGUAAGCUCUCCCCUCACCCAGCUCAGCCUUCAUCCUUCCCCCCAGCACCUUGCCACUGUCAAAGAGGAGUUGAGUGGCUCGGCCCCCACAGCCUGCCAGUUCUCCAAAGCUGCUCUGCAGAAACGCCUGCUGAUGCCCACAGCCAUGCAAGUAGCACCCCCCUCUGUGAACAAGGACCAGAUGCUGCAGGAGAAGGACAAGCAGAUCGAGGAGCUGACGUGCAUGCUGAGGCAGAAACAGCGGCUGGUGGAGACCCUGCGCUUCCAGCUGGAGCAGGGCAAGAGAGGGUGCCGGGACGCCCCCCCAGAACCCCUGGGCCUCGUCAGGGUGAAGGAAGAGCCACCAGACAUCCCCAGCAUCCCCUCCACAUUUUGCCCCAUUGGCCACUCCCCGACCCCUCCCCAGUGCCACAUGGAGGUCACCAAGAUGACCAUCAAGCAGGAGGUCGGGGACGUGGAAGAGGCCGUGGAGCCAUCCUUGGAAGCCCCACCUCAGCAGGUCCAGGUGCAGUUGGAGCAGAUCCAGGCGCAGCAGCGGUCGCAGCUGGAACAGCUGAAGCUGCAGCAGACGCAGCAGAUCAACGCGCUGCAGCUGGCCCAGCAGCAGGCCCUGCAGCAGCUGCUCCUACAGCAGAACCAGCAGAAUCUGCAGAAACAACGCUCACAGCAGAGGAAGAAGAAGUCCCACAAGCAACAGCUCAAACAACAGCAGCAACAGCUACUGUCCCAACAGCAGAUACAAUCAAAGAACCAACAGCUGUUACAGUCAAAGCAUCAACAUCAGCAGAUAUUGCAGGCACAACAACAGCAGCUGAAGUCACAACAGGUGUCUCAGAUGUUCCUCAAUCAGCAGUCGGGCUCCACCACUUCCUUCCCCUUGGAUCUCCUCAAGACACACUCCACACCUACCCUGGUGACAGACAGCAACGGCAACCAUUUCCUCAUCGCACUGACCAAUCACUGUGCCGAGAGCCAAGGGAGUGAUACGCCACAAGGCACUCCACAGGGCAAAGCAACCAAUCACAUCACACUGCAGAGACUGCAGUCAACUCCCACCAAGCUGCCCAGCCAAUCCCCUCUUCAGUUGUCCAGCAGUGACACCCAAUCAAAACCGACAACUCAACCAGGCCAUGUGAAACUGCAAACCAGAAAGGGACAGAAGACUGGGCUGCAGGUGUCAACCAAUCACUCCCCAGGGGUCACUCUCUCCUUCUCUGCCCCGCCCAAUCUCCAGCCUUUCUUCCCCAAUGAUGACUCCUCCCCUUCUGAAAAAGACACCUCCCCCUCUCCUCCAGCUCAAACUGAGGAUUUGAGUCCAGGUCUGGACCAUGAACCCCUGUUCAGCCCUCCUUCUCCCAAACGGACACCCUCCCCUAACCCACCGGAUGACAAGGAUAAUGGAUCCACCCAGCAUAUGGACGACCUCUUCGACAUCCUGAUUCAGACUGGAGAAAUCUCAGCCACCUUCAAACCAGCGCCCGACCCGUCCCUGUCGCGACUGCGCCCCAACACCCCUUCCCCUUCCCUCUCUCAGGCGCCCUCCCCUCUCCAGCUGCAACUCCACUUUUCGCCCCCCACCCCUCCCGAACCCGAGACCCCCCAGCCGGUCCCAGGGGAGGAGGAGGAGGAGGGAGGAGGAGGAGGAGCUGCAGGAAGUGGACGUCUGGAGGACUUCCUGGAGAGCACCACGGGCAAUCCCCUCCUGGGGUUGGAGCCUGACGGGCCCCUGACCCUGAUUGACGACCUCCACAGUCAAAUGCUGAGCACCCCCAGCAUCCUGGACCACACGUCCUCCCACAUGGACACCUAUGAGCUGUCGGGCUACACGGCCAACCCCCCUGGCCUGGACUUCGGAGACCAUGCCCUGGACAGCAUGGACUGGCUGGAUAUCACCAUGGGAGGGGCGAGCAGCGAGGUCCCAGGACUCGCCCCACUGGGUCCCCUUGGCCCCCACACGCCCCCCAGCGUCUUCUCAGCAGAGUUUCUGGACAGUUCAGACCUGCAGCUCCACUGGGACUCCUGCUUAUAGCCCUGGGCAGUCUUACAGUGUCAUCCACACGGAUGGAUGCUGAUGUUACUUUGUAAAGCACUCUCUCUCUUUUCUCAACGUGCAACGACUCAAAAACACACUGGCUUGUUAAACUCUACUGCACUCUGAACUCAGUCCCUCUUACUGACAUACACUUUGAUAGACUUAUUAUGUGUAGACCCUUACGUUCUAUAAGGCAGGCCCUCUUACACGCGUAGCUUAUACAGUAAUACCUUUGUUAACAAACCCUGUGGAUCGGCGGGAACUAACUUUGUUUUGAAUUUAGGAACCAGUCGAUGACAGGAGUUGCUGAUGCUCCUUCAUCUGAGCCAGUCAGCAGCUUACCAUAGCUACCUAUCUAGACUAUUAUCUAUGUUUAUUAUUGCCCUUAGUAGUAAUAGUAUGGAGAUAUUGUAACAAUGUUGAACCAAUGAUGUGAUAACAAGACCAUAAUCAUGUCUGUCUAGCAGCUUUAGGGUUUAAAAAACCACAACCUACUUAUUUUCAUUAAAACUUUAGAGGAGAUGAUCAGGGAAGACAAGGUGAAGGAGAAUGAAGUAGCUAUUUGUUAGCAAGAAUGCAUGCAGGUGUCCUCCAGGAUGGGAGUCAGACCAUGGCUCCAGUGUAGCAGUCUGGUGACCGCAGCUCUGACUGAGUAGGAUAACUGCAGGAGGAGCCUGGUACAGAGGAGAGAGA